UCCAUCUCUGUUAUCGUGUUGACCUCAGCACUGACGAUUCAUGAUUACGGAUUCAUUGCCUUUUAUUUUUGACUGUGUAGUGUCAUGUAAACAUAAUAUAAUUGCCUUAUUUUAACUUUUAAUUACCAUUCGAAUCACUUUUUUCUAAUAUUUAAGCAAUUUAUAUUAAUUAUAAUGGAAAUUUCAACCGAACUUUCAAGUUUCGAUAAUCUAGUUGCUAAUUCUCUAACCGGAUCUGAAUUGGAGGAAUUCAACAGAAUUUAUUAUGGAAGAAAAGAUCAUAAUUUUUUAAAAAUUAAUGAUUUUAAUAUUGAAUAUGCAAAAAAUAAUAAUUUUGAUAUUGCAGCUUAUGAUUUUCCCGCACAAAAGGAAGAAACUAGAAGACCACGCAUUGUAAAAGUUGGUAUAAUACAACAUUCGAUAACUAUUUCUACUGGUAAACCAAUUUUGGAACAAAGACAGGGUAUUUUUGACAAAAUCCGAAACAUAAUUAUCGCUGCUGCUAAUGAAGGCGUUAACAUCAUAUGUUUACAAGAAGCCUGGAGUAUGCCUUUCGCUUUUUGUACUAGAGAAAAACAACCAUGGUGUGAAUUUGCCGAGUCUGCAAUAGAUGGGCCUAGUGUUCAAUUUCUUAAAGAAUUUUCUGUAAAAUAUGGUAUGGUUAUAAUCUGUCCUAUUUUAGAAAGAGACGAAGUUCACGGUGAUACAAUAUGGAAUACAGCUGUUGUUAUUGAUGAAUUUGGUAAAAUCAUUGGAAAGCACCGCAAAAACCAUAUACCAAGAGUAGGUGAUUUUAAUGAAUCCACUUACUAUUUUGAAGGAAACACAGGUCAUCCUGUAUUUGAAACAAAAUUUGGUAAAAUAGCUAUAAACAUUUGCUAUGGUAGACACCAUCCCUUAAAUUGGUUGAUGUUUGGAAUUAAUGGAGCGGAAAUAGUGUUUAACCCAUCUGCUACUGUUGCUGGACUUAGUGAACAUUUGUGGUCUGUAGAAGCUCGUAAUGCUGCAAUUGCAAAUAGCUAUUACACAUGUGCAAUUAAUAGGGUGGGAACAGAAAAAUUCCCUAAUGAAUUUACUUCAGGAGAUGGAAAACCUGCUCAUAAAGAAUUUGGACAUUUCUAUGGGUCGAGUUAUGUCACUGCUCCUGAUGGCUGCAGAACGCCAGGAUUAUCAAGAAACAAAGAUGGUUUACUGAUAACUCAAUUGGAUUUGAACAAAUGUCGCCAAAUUAAAGAUAAAUGGGGAUUUACUAUGACACAAAGAUUAGAUUUAUAUGCAGAGAGUCUUAAAAAAGCUGUACAGCCUGACUAUGAAUGUCAAGUUAUAAGAAAAAAAUGAAUUUUAAAAUAGUUAAAAUAAAUUUACUCAAAAGAAAUGUAUUUUAAAUUACUUUAAGCCAAAAAAAAAUAUCUUUUUAACUAUAUUGAAACCAAAAUUAUAUAUUGUAAACUGUUAUAUUUAAUAUAUGAUGUACUGUUAAAAUUUG